CCUCUACUGAGAGAGCCAAGUCGAGUAGUAUCACAAUACUGAAGGACUGCCCCUAUCUGCUGUUGCUGGCAGGCUUUGGCUCCGGAGUGAGUGCAAAAAAUCACGAGAAGAAGGACGUGAAGGAAAAAGGAUUCGCCAAGAUUUAUGUUCGGUUUUCACAUAUCUUAAGAAUUUAGGCUAAUUGUGAUAUAAGCUGUUCAAUUUCGUUUACCACUCGACAUUGCCCUAGCUACUCGGUGCUGGAAAAUGAUCGUAAAGUUAGAUUUAAAACGGGUACCAUAAUGAAAGUAGUGAAAAUUUUCCAUGGCUCCCAAUCCGUUCUGGGGUGUGUUUAUUUUAGUGAGCUCAGCCAUUUUGGAAAAUGAUUUUUCUUCAAAUUAGUAGAAUGUCUUGAGCUGAAAAUAUUAGUGAAAUUCUAGUCAAUGGUGUGAUUAGAUGUGUAAGUUAAUCGAAAAUUGCGCUGAUGUAUAAGUAGUAAAAAAAUAUUCGAAGUGAGGAUUGAAAUGAGCAGAAGUCGUCGUUCAUCGUUUGGUCAUAGCCACUACCAGCAGCAGUUCACUGUCACUUCAACUAUCAACUACGGUGACGGAUUAUGUGAUAAUGGAGCAAAUGCACCACAGACUGGGGCCCCAUCUCCUUCAAGAUUUAGUGAAUCAUCAUACUCCAAUUUGGGUACCCGUUUGACGGCAUUUGUGACCCCUCCUAGUGGCGAGUGCUAUCGAAAUGAUGAAAAUUUGCGACCCUGUUGUAUUCCACCACCAUCCUCUACAGCACCACCACCAUCAAGCGAUCGAUAUUCCACCAGUUCGGCCCCCACAUCUAUUAUCGCGUAUCCUGAUAACAGAAAUGCACCCCAUCAUCGUUCAAUGUCCCCCAGCUCCAGAACCCGUUAUCCUGUUCCUGAACGGUUUCGUGAUCCCCCAGCACCAAAAACAGAUCAAUUCGGAAAUUACCUAAUGAAUAAUCCUCCUUUGAUGACCAGUUCUGAGAGCUACAAUUAUUUGACCUCGACUGUACAUACACCUGUUAAGCGUUAUAUUCCGACACCACCACCGCCGGAAAACUAUCAGCAAGACAUGGGACUAGGUCCAACAUUGAUGGCUGGUUUGAUCGCUACGAAAGGAGGAAUCAAUAUUAUCAACCAAUCGACUCCAAGAACACCAGUGGUCAGCACACUACCAUACCGCCUAAAAGUAGAGCCUAAGGUCCCGUCAGUACAACAUCUUUCAGACGAUGCAACCGACCAUUAUGCAACUCCUCCACGUGCAAGACCUGUUAAAUGCCAACAACCACUUUGCACUUUCACUCAAUCUGCAACACUUGGCAGGCAACUAUGUCCAGGAGGUCCGGAUUAUUCUAUGUUGCGCACGUCAACGCCUGUAAGUAUAAUGAGUGAACCCAUAAAUGCAAAUCCUACCGACGAAGAAAACUGCUACCACUGUAGUAGUCUACGCCGAGCCACCGGAGUUCACCAAACCACUCAAACAUCCGGUCCAAUCAGCCCUCAACCAUUGUCUAUUUCAUCUGUGUCGAUGUCCGAAAUGGAACGCCAAUCCCCACUUAGCCCACCGUCGCUUGUAUCGCACACUUCCUACUCCCAUCAGCAUCCUUUGGUAGCUCCGGGAGAUGACGGCCGAAAUGCAUCCUCCCUAAUAAUAUCCCAAUCGCAUACGCUCAAUAGUUCGUGCAGCAAUCCUUCGAUUAUUAUCCAGUACCAACAGCAACACAUUCAGCAUCAACAGAUCCAACAGCAACCUCUCUAUCAACAGCUUCAACAGCUACAGCAGCAGCACGCACAGCAUCAACAACAAUCGCUUCCUCUGCAGCAAAUACCUACGCCCAGACUUCAACCAGAUUCAACCCCAUCUACGCUUCAACGCAACACUCAACCACAAAUGCGAACUCGACUCUCGCACAAACAACGUAUAAAAGAAUAUGUACGGCGAAGUACUUCACAGUUUUUCGGGGUGGAUCAGCUCAACGAAGACUACGAACAACAAAAGUGGGAAGAUCGUCAGAAAAGAUUGGCUUUACGAAGAUUUGGAUCUCUGAAGGAAGAUGUCGUAGUGGGACGGGUCAACGAGGUACACGCUGAUGUGCUGAAUGAACACAGCGAUAGACCAGAUGUUCUACCAGCACAAAGCCAGGACGAACCUGAAACAGAACAGAAUAGACGCCAGCGGUUUAAUCCGUACUAUCGACAUGACGGUAGUGAUGGUUUUCAAGUUGAGCGAAAGCCAUCCGUUUCGCAAAUGAUCGGAAAUGGAUUCGUUUUUGUAGUUCAAACUUUGAGGAACCGUAUUCCUAGGAAACAAAAACAGUGGUCUAGGAGCUUUGCACCAGCACACGUAGCUUUAAAUAACGACGAUAACGAUUUGUGCGACGGGUUGACUCCAAUUCAAGAAGAUGAGCUGUUUUUCGAUAUUCCAACUCUGAGCAAUCAGCAACAGGUGGAGCACGAUCUGGGAGCAGACGGCUCACGACAAAUCUACUUGAUCGAUCCAAACCGUGCAACGGUGAGCAAUGGUUGGAUAACAAAAUCCGCGGAAAUUCAAAUUCAACAGCAACGUCCCUCGCGCGGAAGAAAUCCACUUUACCAGUACUAUGGUCAACGGAUAACGGCACAUAUACUGGAUAGCGUAUUGGAUAACUCUAGGCGGCCAUCCAAUCAUAACAUCAAGUUGCUCAGACCGGAAUCGCUAGAUGACCGUUACGAUUAUAGACCGUUCUUCACUUAUUGGGUAAACACAACACAGAUAUUGGUGCUGCUUCUUGCUCUUUUAUGCUACGGAAUAGGGCCGAUAGGAACAGGAUACGAACCUAAAACUAGUCAAGUUCUAGUAACUAGUUUGAGCCUGCAAAUGGUGACUCAUUACGAACAACAAAAUAUCUGGAUCGGGUUGAGGAGGGACGACCUCGUACAUGUGGGGGCAAAGUAUGCGCCAUGCAUGCGGCGAGAUACGAAGAUAAUGGAAUUGAUAUCGAAAACACGCAAACAAGAACGAGAAACGGCCUGUUGUAUACGAAAUGAUGACUCCGGAUGUGUUCAAAGUUCUCAAGCUGACUGCUCCGUGCACUUUGGGCUUUGGCCAACGGUGAGUCAGGACGAUAGCGGCUCCCAGACUAUUUCGACGUGGAAAAAAUGGUCUCCAGGAGAUUCGGGUCCAGGGGGAAGGAUAUCCGGCAGCGUUUGCGGCCUAGAUCCGAAAUAUUGUGAAGCUCCGGCAUCAAUCGCACCGCACGAGUGGCCAGACGACAUAACCAAAUGGCCAAUCUGUAGGAGAAAUAAUCAAGUUUCUCAGAAGUUCCGCAUGAAGGAUCACACCGCUGAGCAUAUGGUGUGCGAGGUAAUAGGACAUCCAUGCUGCAUGGGGAUAACGGGGGAAUGUCGAAUCACCACUAGGGAGUAUUGCGACUUUGUGCGAGGAUAUUUUCACGAAGAAGCCUCGCUGUGUUCACAGGUUUCUUGUCUGAAUGAUGUAUGCGGAAUGUUUCCAUUCAUCGGAACUGACCUGGCGGAUCAGUUCUACAGGCUGUUCACAUCACUGUACCUUCACGCAGGUAUUUUGCAUAUAUUGCUUACCCUUGCCUUCCAAUACAUUCUCCUGGCGGAUCUGGAGCGACUGUUGGGAUCGCUACGCACUGCAAUCCUGUACAUUGGUUCCGGCAUAGCUGGUAACCUGGCGAGUGCAAUUUUCGUACCGUAUCGACCAGAGGUUGGACCACUGCCAUCAUUAGCUGGGAUUAUCUCCUCACUCCUGACGCUGCUGAUUCUAUGCCAUUGGCGUAAUCUAAAGCGACCCCACAUAGCUUUGCUCAAAGUAGUCAUCGUAGGUGUUCUAGUAUUCGGUAUGGGUAUGCUACAAUGGCAGCAGAACUUUACCGGAUUGGUGUCCGGACUGAUCUUUGGAUCGACGUUCACGCUAGCUCUUACACCGUACCUUCAUGUGAGGAAACAUACUAGAAAGAGAAAGAUAAACCUAAUCUGGACUUGUUUCGUGCUUCAGUUCGUGCUCUACAUGUUUAUGUUUCUUGCGUUCUAUCUUAUUCCGUCCUCAUUCUCGCUCAAUUUUGUGGACGGUAAUCAAAUUUCCAGUAUCAAUGAUAAUGGCGGUCUGCACGAUAGCUCCAAUCCUUACGAUACUUUCAACUACUUCAACAAUAAGAAUAGUGAUAGAACAGGCUUGGGAGGUUCCGCGGACAACGGUGCUGGAGGAGGUCAACCACCAAACGGCCACCGAGGCGACAACGGAGGACGAUACGGAAAUGGAGGUGCUAUCAGCAUGUCCGGCGGAACGAUCAAAAAUAUUAACCCGAAAUACAAUAAUAUGCAUAGCAGCAGCAGCAACGUAAAUCUUAACGCUAAAAGUAAUACUUUUAAAGAGGUAGCUAUAUGUGAAAAGGGACAGUGCAAUCUGCGUCCAAACGCAUGACGUCGAUGUGUUUUAUGGUUUAUUCCAUUGCAGUUGUUUUACGUUUUUUUCAUUCUGGCCAUUAUUAUUGUAACGUUACACGAUAACGAAUAUAUACUUAUAUACUAUAUAUACCAUAAAUAAAGAAAACAGGAACACGGCAAGUAAACGUCAGAUUUGGUGGAAAACAAAA